AUGGCUGUAAGAUUUGGCCUUGUGCAAAAAGAGAAUGGUUCGAGAGUUCCUUUGGAGAGCAUCAAGAUUAAAGUCGACGUGCAGGGUUUUACAGCACACGUGUUGGCAACGAUGAAAUACUCGAACAAGGAGAGCAAUCCCAUUGAAGCAAUUUUUAUUUUUCCUCUGGAUGAACAGGCAGCUGUGUGUGGAUUCCAAGCUACAAUCGAUGGUCGAACCAUCGUGGCAGAGGUUCAAGAGAAGCAAGAAGCUCAAGAUACCUAUGACGAUGCCAUUAGCAGCGGUCACAGCGCGUUUCUGCUGGAAGAGAGCGACGAAAGCUCGGACAUUUUUCAGAUUAGCGUUGGAAACUUACCGCCGGAGAAGGAGGCUGUCGUCGAGCUGCGGUUCGUGACAGAGCUUGCCGUCGAACCCGAAGGUCGAGUCGUGUUUGUACUGCCAACGGUGUUAAAUCCCAGGUACACUCCUCAAGACAGUGCCCCUAGUCUUAGCGCACAAGUUCCACGAGUAGCCGCCGUUUCAUCGCCAUACGCGUUCGAGUUUGAGAUGAAAGUGAAAGCUAUUUCCUCCAUCAGUGAGAUUUCUUCUUCGUCUAACACUUUGAAGGUCGAGAUAAACGAGAGCGAUGCAACGCAAGCCAAUAUAACGCUCGCGGAAGCGCACAAGUUUGACAAAGACGUGGAGAUACACAUUUUGACGAGAGAACCUUUCAAACCGCAAGCAAUCGUAGAGAGAGGAGUGAAAACAGAAGGAACGGAAGACGAGGAAGGAUUCAUGGGAAGUCCUGUCGUCAUGCUGAAUUUUUUCCCAGAAUUCAAAACCUCAGAGUCGUCGGAAAAGGGCGAAUUUGUGUUUGUGGUUGAUCGCAGUGGAAGCAUGAGUGGAAGCAAGAAUGACAGCGCUCGCGAAACACUCCUGCUAUUCCUUAAGAGUCUGCCGGACGGUUGUCAUUUCAAUGUUGUCGGUUUUGGAAGCAGCUACAAGACACUGUUCGAUAAAAGUGUACUGUACAAUGAUGAGAAUUUAAAGAAAGCCACCGAUCUUGCUGGGAGCAUGAAAGCCGAUCUCGGAGGAACCGAAAUCCUUUCCCCUUUGCAGUGGGUGUUUUCUAAGCCCCUGGUUAAAGGUCACCCAAGACAGCUGUUUCUCCUGACCGAUGGUGAGGUUGGAAAUACUCAGCAGGUUAUAAGUUUGGUCCAAAAGCACUCCAACAGCGCCAGGUAUGUAUUUUUGUUCUUUUUUAUUUGAAAUGUUCUUGUGUUUGCUUCUUUGGAAAUGUGUUAUCUCCAUAUUUCACAAUAUUAAUUUGUAGUGAUUCUAUGUAGAAUUUUGAUUGUUUCUAAUUUUUCAGUGCAUUAACAUAAGCAGCAGAGUGGGGGGGAGGGGGAGGAGGUGGGAUGGGAUACAGGGAGACUACAGCCCCCUCAAGUGCAGAAAAGAGCAGUUCUGCCCCCCCCCUCUCCCACACACAUUUAAGUGCCAAUGAUAUUACCAGAGCAGCAUAACAUUAGUUUGACAAACAUUCAGUCUUGUUGUCUUUUCAAAUCAUUUCAUCAGGAUCAUGCUUGGCAAAAUUAUAUGUGGUUGGACUUUUUUAUUUGAAUGAAAAGCUCUGGCUUGUGUGCAAGAAGCAAAAACAAUCAGGGGAGGAAAAAUAAUAGGCAGAGUAUAUACUUGGUUUAGUACACAGGAUGCACCCUGCUCCCCUCCCCUUCCCCCCCCCCACCCAUAUACCUCAGCGCACUUUGCAAUGUGUUUUAAUCUUUAAUUGCGAGUUUUAGGCCAACAGUAUAAUCUGUACCUUACCUGGAAAACAUAGGAAUUAGUACAUGUAGGUCUGUUAGAGAUUUUAUGUAUGUAGUAUUAGGCAUUUAAGAUCUUUUUUCCCUUGGGAGCAGGGCUAUUUUGUUUUCCCAUCAUGAGUCCUAACCCUUUAACUCCCAAGAUCUUAUUAUUGAUUCUCCUUAGUGUCUCCCAUAUAAUUCAUAUGAUGUUAGUUUGGAGAAUUUGAAAUUGGAUCAACAAAUAAUCCACUAAUUGAUGUUUUUCUUUAUUCUCAUUAUUUGUCUGCUUGAUAUUGUACUGAUACUGUAAGGAGAAAUUCUUUCUAGGUCACUAGUGGGACUUAAAGGGUUUAAAUUACAUCAUCCUGCAUGAAUUCUUGGUAUUUGGUGUAAAGACUUUUGUUAUUACAGGUGUAUUGAUAUCUCAUAGUGAAAAAAAAUUGGUUUUAUCAGUACCUCUCUAUAUCAAUGAUUUUUCCCAGCUAGAGGGUCGUAGGGAUAAUCUGCUACACUCCUGCAGAAUGACCUUCUGGUUCCUGUCAGAGGGCAUAGUCUCUCACUUUUUGGCAAUCAGUUGUAAAGAAAUAAACUGUGGGAGUGUUGAAAAUUUUAAUGAAAAUUUGUGGGGAAUACUGGAAAAUAAACACAUUUUGGACUUGUAAUAUAAGGCCUACCCUUUUCCCAACAAAUUUUCCUCUUGACUUGAUUCUGAAGAAGAGUAUUUUCUCAUGAUUCAAUUGUGUUCAAUUAUUGUAGGUGUUUUACAUUUGGCAUUGGGGCUGGUGCAUCAACUGCACUCGUCAAAGGAGUUGCCAGAGUGGGGAAGGGGACUGCAGAGUUUGUCACAGCCAGGGAAGACCGGUUGCAGGCCAAGGUAUGAAAUUGUUUUAUUUGAAAUCUGUUUUGUCAUAGUCAAACCUCCAUGAUCAGUAGAUAAUUUUAAAGACAACUUGAGUGAGAACCAGAACCAUUAAACUGUCUUUUGAACCUUGCACCUCCUGGGUUAGAGAAUUUGAUAUUUUAUUUACAGACACUUAUAAUCACCAACAUGAUUAAGUUCAUUAUGCUCAUCAUUUGUGUAAAUUAACAAAGCAUUAGAUACUGAAGAUAGAAGACACAUGCUGACUACUUCUGUACUGAGCAAAGGGAAGGAGAAGUGUCUUUAUGUGGGAGGCUAUACAGCUGUAGUUAAAAGUUUGUAUCUUUUUGGCACGUCAGUAGACUUCUAUGUAAGCUUAGUGAAGACUUACAGUGUAUGUUGGCACUGUUUUUUUCUUGAAGUGAUUGUUGCAGUAGUUGUCCUUCUGAAAGCUAUGUACUUUAAAGGUUACUUACACAUGACAAUCUCGUGAAAAUAUUUGACACAUACUCUGUUUGGUCUCUUUGACAAGGACUUUCAAUAGCCAUUCUCCAUUAAAACCUUGGAGGAGUUUUGUGUCAUCACUUUCUAGUUUCGUUUUGCUGUUGUUGCUGUUCUCUGCACUGUAGAAUGCCUUAUUAUGUGACAAGACUCUGUUGUUACUGUUCUCUGCACUCUAGAAUGCCUUAUUGGGUGACAGUACUCUGUUGUUACUGUUCUCUGCACUCUAGAAUGCCCUAUUGCGUGACAGGACUCUGUUGUUGCUGUUCUCUGCACUCUAGAAUGCCUUAUUGUAUGACAGGACUCUGUUGUUGCUGUUCUCUGCACUCUAGAAUGCCUUAUUGUAUGACAAGACUCUGUUGUUGCUGUUCUCUGCACUCUAGAAUGCCUUAUGGCAUGACAGGAUUAUUUGAGUACAAGUGAUACUGCAUGAUCUACUUGUCUUAAUGCUAAGUUUUACAUCUUUCAAAACAACAUAUUUUUAAAUAUCCCCAGUUGUGAGUUAUAUCAAAUGAAAACUUUUAUAUUUUGUACAUUAAUACUAAAAAUGUGGUAUAAGUUUUACAUUUUGUUGCAAAGUUUAAGGGUGCAUUAAAUUAAUAUUUAUAUGUUUAUUGUUAAGUGUUUUACAUGAUUGGUUAAAAUCGAAAAGGGCAUGACAUGCAUUACUUGGUAGUCUUGUGCUAUGUUUUAUUUAAGCCUUCUCACCCUAACAUCAGUAUGCAUUCUCUCUAUACUGUUCUCUAUAUAUUUCGUAAGGUACUAGCAAGAAGAAUUUGUUUAAGAAUCAAGAGGCUCUUUAGUUUGUGAUCAUUUCCUGUCUUCUCUUGACCUUCAUGUUUGAUUCCAUGGUGCUAUUGUAAGGAGAAACUAGAUGCCAGUCACUCUAAUGGGUUGAAGAGUCAAGCAUAAUUGAUUUCCUUCAAUCAUAUCUGUCAAAGAAUUGGCAGAAAGGAUUUUGUUACACAAAAGUAGGAAAAUCUGGUGCUCUGUUCAAGGAGAUUUGCACAUGUUAUUGGCAACCGUCUGUCUCGGAAGACAAUGGAAAUCUGCACCUAAGAAGUAAAAUCACGUCAAGCUGCACCGCCGGCUGUGGCUGUGAAGCCCAAUACGGGAGCCGCAGACCCGCUGGCAUUUUGCGCAGGUAAAGUCAUUUGUGGGGGUUGGUGGGAUGGGGGCAGACUGGAGCCUCUGUCGCCUGCGAGUCCUCUUCACCUCCCACUGGCUCUCCCUCUUCAACUCGGCUUGUUUGACGCCGGCCUUGACAGUCGAUCGCCAGAGUGUACGGUCGGCUCAUCUUUGUCUUGAUGGUCAACAGGGAAUUGUUCCAAACUCUCUUUUCGAGGCGAGCCAUUGCCGUUGCUGCUUUUCCUAUCCGAACAUUGAGCUCAGAGUCCAGGGAUAGGUUGCUAGAGAUACAGGAGCCAAGGUAGGUGAAGUUGUCGACUACCUCUAAGGCGUGCUCGCCAAUGGUGAUGUGUGGGGUGACGCUGACACCUUGGCCCAUGAUGUUAGUCUUUUUCAGGCUGAUGGUUAGGCCAAAGUCAUUACAGGCUUCCGCAAAGCGUGUGAUGAGCCGCUGCAGUGCCUCCUCGGUGUGGGCGGUGAGGGCAGCAUCAUCCGCAAACAACAUUUCCCUGAUGAGAACUCUGCGCACCUUGGUCUUAGCACGGAGGCAGGCAAAGUUGAAGAGGUUCCCGUCGCUCCUGGUGUGGAGGAAGAUGCCAUCUUCAGACUCGCGGAAGGCAUAGCACAAGAGAAGGGAGAAGAACACACCGAAAAGUGUCGGGGCCAGGACACACCCUUGCUUCACGCCGUUCUUGAUUGGAAAGGGGUCUGAGGAUGAUCCGUCAAACUGGACUGUACCGUUCAUGUCAACGUGGAAGGAUGUGAUCAUCUUCAGGAGCUUUGGCGGACACCCAAUUCUUUCCAAAAGGGCAAAGAGACCGUUUCUGCUCACCAGGUCGAAGGCCUUGGUCAGGUCGAUGAAGGCAAGGUAAAGUGGGCGUCUCUGUUCGCGGCACUUCUCUUGAAGCUGUCUGAGGGAGAAUACCAUGUCGAUUGUCGAUCUCUCUGCACGGAACCCGCAUUGCGACUCUGGAGAAUUGCACAUGUAGUUUUGUGCUUUUGUGUAAUUUUGUUUUUUCUUGACUUUGGUUUAAUGUGGAAGAGACUUUCAGAUUUCAAGGGGUUGACAUCUUUUCUCAAUGCAAAGAAGAUCUUUCUGUUAGAAAUUUAGAUGUACAUUUUCUGCUGUACAUUUUCUUGUUGUUUGUAAGAAUAUUUGUCUAAGUAUUUACUGACUCACCUCGAGGCUGGCCAAACUUUGCUAACUUUAAAUUAACAGGUUAUCAAGAUAUUAAAACGAGCCCGGCAACCUGUCAUCACAGAUGUGAGCAUGACCUGGAAACUAGACAAAGGCUGGACUGUGCAGCAGAUCCCCUCGUCUCUUCCUCCGCUUUUCAGUGGAGACAGGCUUGUGGUUUAUGGCGUUCUGAAGGCGUCUGAAAACAAAAAAAGUGGCAGCGGACUGAAUGAAGUGAGACUGAUCAUAUCAUUCAGUUUGCAUCCCCCGCCAUAGAAGACAGCUGGGAUACAGAUGCAAAAACCGGAAGAAGAGUCCUUCUUCAUCGGCUAGCAGCUAAGAAUUCCAUCCAAGAAAAACAGGGUGACGUCAAUGAAUUGGGCGACAGUGGGCCAAGGUCUGAGAAAGCUAAGAGCUAUGUUAUCAGCAUCAGCAAGUCGACCAAUGUGGUAUCAAAGUUGACGUCGUUUGUGGCUGUUGACAAAGACAGCUGUGAGCCUGUAUCUGGACCGCUUCAAAAACAAUUGGCUAAGUAUGCCUCAAUGCCAGUGUUUGGGGGAGGUCAAUUAAAACUACAGUCUGCUAAUAUUCCGUGGGGAGGCGGAUUUUCAUCUGGAACUCCUCUUUUCGCGUUGUCGGCUCAGUCUGCCAAUGUUUGGGGAGGCGGAAUUGCAUUUUCAGCUCCUCCUCCUCCACCUCCUGGAGCGAUAUCCACUCAAUCUGCCAAUGUAUGGGGAAGCGGAAGUGUAUUUGGAGCUCCUCCUCCUCCUUAUCCCCCUUCAGGAGCGGCGUUCGCUCAGUCUGCUGGAGCGGUGUCUGCUCAGUCAAAAGGAUUCUUCUCUUCGCUGUUUGGGGGCUCACUGAAGAAAGGAAAAGGAGAAAAAGCAGCACAUUCCCAUGCAGCUCUAAAAUCAGUAGGUGUAGCGGCACCUGAAGCUAAGGUGGAAGGUGAGAGUGGAAGCUACAAGGCCUUUUAUCCUCCAACAGUUAUACAGAAAGGUUCCUAUAGUGCUCCUCCAGUUUCCGCUCACAACCAGAAAAAGAAAGGUUCUCAAUCUGCCUUGUCAGUUAUUUCAUUACAAAAAGCGUCAGGGUCUUGGGACCUCACAGAUCAGCUGGUGUCCUUGUGUGAUGCAAGUAGAAGUGAUUUGAUCAAAGGAUGUCUAAAGGGGAUUGCAGCUGACACAGCUGAAGGAAAGCGGUUGUGGGCCACCGCCCUGGCUCUGGUGCUGCUGAUGGGAAAAUACCCGGAUCAGAAAGAUGAAUGGGAAAUGAUCGCUGAAAAAGGCAAAAAAUGGCUCAAAAAGAACCUCCCGGGGAGUUUAACUCUGGAUCAAGUGCUAAAGAGUGCAGCAACCGCAGUGGGAGUUUGGGUCAAUACUGGACUGUGACUAGAGAAAUAUUUAACAAUAUUUUAAAUCUUUUUUCACAAUUACCUCAGUGACAUGAAUUUGAUGUAAAACACAGAACCUAAAUCGCUUCAUUACUUUAGCAGCUAAACGUAGGCUGUCCGUUAGUCCAGGUUUGCCUUAGUGCUGACUCAAAUCCCAUCAGAAUAGCAUGAAAAAAAAUAAAGAUAGACUAUGUUUGAUCUGGCCGGACAGUGACGGAAUUUUUCUUGUUAGUAGGCCAAUCAGGCCGAUCAAUUUUGGAUCAGUGGCAAGAUUCCCAGUUAAAUUUUUAUUGGUGAUCGAGAUGACGUUUUUACUAACUUGUUUGAAAAUUAUCUACAGAAACAAAGAGAAUAAUUGGUACCAUGCUUGUUUCUCCCUCCACUUUGUGGUAACUUGCAAAGAAGCGACAAAACGUAAAGGACUAAGAUUACCAAGGGGCCAAGAAACCCACUGGUUUUCUCUCAGUCGUUCGGUCUUUCGUCUCGCACCUUGGACAAUGAAUAAUUCAGCAGGCGUUAUAAUGUAGUUAAAAUACUUUGUCGAGUUUUUGUGAAUUGUUGGAAUUUUUACUCUCAAGUGUUAAAAGAGUUCCGCAAAUAUACCGCAGUUGGCGUGUAAAGUUAUUUUAACGUAAUGCAUGGGCAAACGAAUUAAGGACGAAAAUUUUCACAAUUUUAAAUCAAAUUAAUUGAGUAGCACUGUCAUACAUGUUAUACUUUUAGUGUCCCUCUAAAUAAAUAGGAAGUUAACUAGCGUUAGGUCAUGAAAUAAAGAUCGAAAAGAGAAUAAUGUGCGAAACUUGUAUGCAAACUUGUAUGUAAUGAAAGAUUUUACCCUUUCACUCAAACGAGUGACUGACUUCUAAUUUCUCAUUUCAGUAUCUCUCUUGAAUUGACUGUAAUGGUCAUGAGAAUAUUGGAAAUGAUCACUAAUUUUUUUCAUAACCAUAGAAAAUGUAAAGAGAACAGUAUGGAGAGUAUGAAUUUUAAUGUUAGAAUGUAAAGGGUUAAUUACCAUUCCUGAUCGUUACCUCUGAAGCGAGAAAGUGAUGACCGGCUGGAGCCUGGGAACAGUCACCAGUAAUUUUUGAUAUUUCCUCUAAUGGUGGAUUAAGAAAAGAGCAUUUGAUAAGCUUUUUUUACGCAAUAAUUGAAAUCUUAUGAAAUAGCAUUUAAUUUCUCCCUACAAUAUCGCCCCUGAAUCGCACAUUAAGGUCAUGAGAAUAAAGGAAUUGAUCACCAACUAAAGAAGCUCUUAACUGUUAAACAAAUUUUCCCAAUUAGCAUCUUAGCAAAUACUUAAAUAACAGUACGGGAAUAUGCAUACUGAUAUCAGGGUUUAAAGUUAAGAUUGACUCUUUUAUUACGCAGCUUUCAUUUUUCAUUUUUUUUUUGUUUUUUUUGGUUUGUUUUUUAAGCCAGCCAAUGACCAAAUAGAGAGUGAAAACUAAUCUCGCACUCAUAUCCUACCGUGAAACCACUUGGGCGUGGGAGUCUGGGCACGAGACUAAGUGAGGACAGUAAAGCAAUACACUCGUCUGAUAGGUCCCAGUCCUUCAACCUACAUGCGUAAGAAAGUACCGGCUAAAUGAAUAAUGGUUUAAACUCAACUUUUUUUUUUUUAACAGAUUCCCAAUCAGUUGAACGUCAUCGAUCAAUAAUCCAGUAGAGCUCAGCACACGACAUCUAUUUGCCCGACGCGAAUCUAUUUUUUUAGUUCUACCUGCUGAUUAGUUUUAAUCUUUUGUAUUAUGUAUGUGUCAGUGGCUUCACUGUAAAAUUUUAGGCAAACUGAACACUAUCUUACUUUGAACUUUUAGGUUAUCAAGACUUUAAAGCGAGCCCUUAUGCCUGUCAUCGCAGAUGUGGGCGUGGCCUGGGAGCUAGAAAGCGGCUACACCGUGCACCAGAUCCCCUCAUCUCUCCCACCGCUAUUCAGUGGCGAUAGGCUCGUGGUGUAUGGUGUUCUAAAGGUGUCUGAGAACGCAAAUGAUUGCAACAGCAUUAACGUGGUCAGGCUUCAAGGAGCUGUAGAAAACGGUGGUCAACUGGAUCAUAAGAUUGCGUUCACAACCUCGGCAGUAGAUGACAGCUUGGAUACUGAUAACAAUGAAUCUGACGUAAAUGUAAAUCAUCUUCAUCUUUUAGCAGCCAAAACUACCAUCCAAGAAAAACAAGAUGAGUUUAACGAGUCCAGGGACUACGGGCAAGUGUCUGAGGAAGCAAAGAGCUACAUAAUCAGCAUUAGCAAGUUGGCCAAUGUUGUGUCACAGCUCACCUCCUUUGUAGCCGUUGACAAAGACAGUCGCGAACCUGUUUCUGGACCACUACGUUACCAUAAGUUACACAAGGUUUCAUGGUAUUGUAGCUUGGGUUCUGUUGAUGCUGCGCUGAUGGGUGAAUAUUCAAAACGAUCUUAUAGGGGCAAAACAAAAGGGGGUUUUGGUUGUUUUAGCUUUAAGGGCAAAAAUAGUCGAAAUAAAGCUAGUAAGGGAAAGUCCAAGGUAAAGUCAGAAGGAUUUUUGUCAGCGCUAUUUGGAAGUUUACGAAAGAAAUCGAAGGGAACAGUAGCAUCAGCGGAACCUUCAUCAAAAGGCGCAACAUCAGCUGAACCAUCGUUAAAAGGAGCAGCAUCACUGGAACCAUCAUCAAAAGGCGCAACAUCAACUGAACCUGUGGUCUCUGAUGUUGAAGAACGAUCCGAAGACGAUGACAAUUUAUCUCUCGGCAGGGAAUCGCGUCGCCCGAAUUCUAAAGAUCCUUCAACAAGUAUGUGGAAGAGCUCCCCAUCCCCUCAAAAGAGUCCUCAAUCUGCCUUGACCAUUAUCGGAUUACAGAAAGCGUCAGGGUCUUGGGACCUCACAGAGCAGCUGGUGUCCCUGUGUGGUAUGAGUAGAGAUGAUUUGAUCAAAGGGAGUCCAGAAGAGAUUGCAGCUGAAACAGCUGAAGGAAAGCUGUUGUGGGCUACCGCCCUGGCUCUGGUGCUGCUGAUGGGAAAAUACUCGAAUCAGAAAGAUGAAUGGGAAAUGGUCGCUGAAAAAGGCAAAAAAUGGCUGAAGAAAAAUCUUCCAUCAACUGACACAUUCACUAAAGUGCUAAACAUUGCAGCAGCUGUGGUUGGGGUUCAAGAUAUUCCUGAACUGUGA